CCAGCGCGGGACUUUCAAUUACUGAUCCGCCCAAUCGGGAAAAGACUGUGCCUAUAAAGACCGCUGCGGCGGGCUGGAUCCCGGUUCCUCUCCUUGCGCGUCGCUGCGCCGGUGAGCUCGUGUCUCGGUUCGCUAUGGCCCGUACAAAGCAGACUGCCCGCAAGUCGACCGGUGGCAAGGCCCCGCGGAAGCAGUUGGCCACCAAGGCGGCCCGCAAGAGCGCGCCGGCCACUGGCGGCGUCAAGAAGCCGCACCGCUACCGGCCGGGCACCGUGGCCCUGCGGGAGAUCCGGCGCUACCAGAAGUCGACCGAGCUGCUGAUCCGUAAGCUGCCCUUCCAGCGGCUGGUGCGCGAGAUCGCGCAGGACUUCAAGACCGAUCUGCGCUUCCAGAGCUCGGCCGUGAUGGCGCUGCAGGAGGCGAGCGAGGCCUACUUGGUGGGGCUGUUUGAAGACACGAACCUGUGCGCUAUCCACGCCAAGCGCGUGACUAUCAUGCCCAAAGACAUCCAGCUGGCCCGCCGCAUCCGCGGGGAGCGGGCUUAA